AUGAGUUAUGUUUUCAAGAAAUAUAAGGAUGACAAAGGAGGCUUUAAAUGCUCCAUACUCAAUGAAGGUGUUGAAGGUAUCCUAAGUUUGUACGAGGCGUCGCAUGUUCGAACCCACGGAGAUGAUAUUUUAGAUGAAGUUUGUGUGUUUACAACAAAUUAUCUAAAUUCAGUCAUUAAUAAUAUGAAUUCAGCAUUGGGUGAAGAAGUAAGACAUGCUCUUCAUCAGCCUCUUCACAAAGGUUUUAUGAGACUUGAAUCAAAGCAUUACAUCUCAUUCUAUCAACAACAUGCUUCUCACAAUACAACCCUCUUGAAAUUCGCUAAAUUAGAUUUCAAUUUACUUCACUCAUUUCAUCAAAAGGAAUUGCGAGAUAUUUCUGGUUGUGGAACAUGUAAAAUAAGGUGGUGGGAAGAAUUGCAUUCGAAGGUGCCAUUCGCGAGAGACAGAUUGGUAGAAGCAUACUUUUGGAUUUUGGGGAUAUAUUAUGAACAUGAAUAUCUUCGUGCGAGGCAGCUUCUUGUCAAAUUAUUUAUGAUUGUUGAAAUAUUUGAUGACAUCUUUGAUGCAUACGGCUCCUUUGAAAUCCUCCAACUUUUUGCUGAAGCGGUUAAUAGGUGGAAUUAUAAGUACAUAGCUAAACUACCACAAUAUUUCAACACUUGUUGUCAAGUACUUUUUGAGACCCUGGAUACAUAUGAGCAAGAACUAGCACAAGAGGGAAGAGCAUAUGGUGUACAUCACUAUAGACAACAGUUUAACCGUGGUUGCCAAGCAUGGCUUCGAGAAGCAAAAUGGAAGAAAGAAAAAUACACUCCAACAUUUGAGGAAUACAUGAAAACAUCAAUUAUAUCGAUUGGGCAAUUACAAGGAAUAGUUGGGUCGUAUCUUGGCAUGGGAAGCAUUGCAAAUAAAGAAAGUUUUGAUUGGGUGUGUCAACAUCCUAUGCCUAAAUUUGUUGAAGCAUGUUUGGUAAUCAUUAGGCUCUUGAAUGAUGUAGGAAGCACCCAGUUUGAGCAAACAAGUAGAGAGCAUGUGGUAUCUUCGGUGCAAUGCUAUAUGAAGGAAAAAGGAGUAUCAAAUGAAAAUGAAGUUUAUGAAAUUUUAGAGAAAAAAGUGGAGGAUGCAUGGAAACAUCUAAAUCAUGGAAUUUUCCGACCAUUUGUCAUCCCAAAGCCUUUAUUGGAUCGUAUUUUAAAUCUUGCUUGUGCACCUGAAAUCUUCUAUAAGGGAAGAACCGAUGGUUACACUAUGUUAACCAGGUCAUUAGAGAUAAAAUUACGACUUUUAUUUUUGAUCCGAUCAAUUAAUAAUAUAUGUUUCUUUCAUCAGUGGCGGACCCAAGAUUUUAGAAAUGAGGAAGCACAAAAAAGGCAAAAUAAAUAA